AUGUGCAAGUUUGGGCUGGAGCUGUAUUUGUUUGGGAAGACUAUGGAUAGGUCCCAGAGCUGGCAGCAGAGCUGUUUGAACACCAUCCUCCUUGUGCUGCUGUGGACUGGCGUUUCCCGCGCGCAGAGGGACUGCACGGGCGCGGAGUGCCAGCCCCUGGACAACUGCAUCGAGGACGUGCUGGAGCCUGGCGAGUGCUGUGCCACGUGUCUGCAGCACGGCUGCACGUGCGAGGGCUACCAGUACUACGACUGCGUCAACGUGGGUUUUAUCAACGGCAAAGUACCCGAGGGGCAGUCUUACUUUGUGGACUUUGGAAGCACUGAGUGCUCGUGCCCCAAGGGAGGAGGCAAGAUCAGCUGCCAGUUCAUGCUGUGCCCGGAGCUGCCCCCAAACUGCAUUGACGCGGUGGUGCCAGCUGACGGGUGUCCUCAAUGUGGGAGAAUAGGUUGUCUCCACGAGGGCCAGAAGUACGUAGCGGGGCACACCUUCCACAUGCCCCCCUGCAAGGUUUGCCAUUGCCCAAACGCUGGGGGUGAGCUGAUGUGCUACCAGCUUCCGGAAUGUAACACGUUCCCCUUAAACACUGCGAGCCCAAUCGAUGCUGAGGACAGCGAACCAGAGAGGCACUACGACGAUCCGUACAGCUACGACCAGGAGGCACCAGAAGGAGACAACACCCAGGUGGAGUCUCCAAAAAAAUACAGGAGUUACUCAUCCCACCUCGAGCAAGAGAGCAUCAGCCAAGAGCAGAGCGAGGAUUAUGACUACCUGCCAGCCAGCAUUGCUCCUUCUGCUGUGGUUCCGUCCGAUCCGUACACCGAGGAAACGGCUGCGCCGCUCACCACGCCAGCGCCUCGCGUCCCCUCUGAAGUUCGCAGUGGCACGGAAGGAAGUGAGCGAAGGAGGGUACCCCGCACCACCGCAGCAUCCCUCCAGCAAACGACACGGAAGGAAGCGCCAGUAACUACCAGUGCUCCUCCAGAGCACACAACGGCCACCACUGAGACACUCAAGCACCUGGAGGAGUUGGAGAGGAGACCAAAGGGGAAGCAAGGGGACAAACAGAGGCAUGAGCAAGAAAGAGCCCCCCACUCUAAAAUGAAAAAGCAUGCCAGAAAAGAAGACCCAGGGAGCAGCAUGCAUCUAGACUUGAAAGAGGUGAACUUAACAGAGCCGAGUUGGUCACAACCUUCCCCUGCAACGCACGAGGGAAAUGCUUUCCCCAAGGUGAAGUUCAGUGCGACGACCUCUCCACCGGUCGCUCUAAAGGAAGACCGUAGUCAGUCAUCCCAAAAGCAGUCCCAGACGCUUUAUCGCUACCACCCCGAGGAAGACGGGGACCCCAACUCCAUUCACGCUAACCCCAGGUUGCCAGAAG